AUGGACGAACACGCCGGCGGCCGCCGCCGCGCCGAUCCGCCUCCGUGGUCUCCCCCGCUUCAGCUUCCCCCAGACGACAUGCUCCUGGAGAUCCUCCUCCGCCUCCUGCCGGAGCCCAUCCACCUGUUCCGCGCCUCCUUCGUCUCCAAGCACUGGCGCGGCCUCGUCCACGACGCCCGCUUCCGCCGCCGCUUCCGCGAGUUCCACGGGGGGACGCCUCCCAUGCUCGGCUUCUUCAACAGCUGCCCAGGGGCUCCCAUCUUCGUCCCCACCUCCGGCGGCUUCGCGCUCUCCACCGCCAACAUGUCCCUCGAUUGGCGGGCCCUCGAUUGCCGCCACGGCCGCGCCCUCCUGCACAACUACGGUACCAGGACGAUCCUCGUCUGGGACCCCAUGACCGGCGACGAGCGCUACCUACCGUUCCCCACGCGAGCCCAUCUGGAGAACGUCCAUUACAAUGGCGCGGUUCUCUGCGCGGCUGGCCACACGGGCCACGGGGACUGCCAUUCCUGCCCGUUCCUCGUGGCAUUCGUGUUCAGCAGCUACAGAUAUUGCAUCACCUCUGCCUGCGUCUACUCGUCCGUGACCGGCGUCUGGGGUGAGAUCACUUCGAUUCAUACACCAGAUUCAUUAGUUGAUGCAAAGCCGACAGCUCUGGUUGGAAACACACUCUACUGCCUGUUGAGUAAUGAGGAUAGCAUCAUUGAGUUUGAUUUGGAUAAGAAUAGCUUGGAUUUAAUUGAGGUUCCAUAUGGCGGAAAUUUUAUCAUCACACUGGCACAGGAUGGUCCUCUAGGUUUCGCCAGUGUUGAUCGAUUCAGCCUACAUUUGUGGUCAAGGGUAGCUAGCAUCGAUGGGGUGGCAUCAUGGGAACAUAUCAGGGUCAUUGAUCUGGAGAAGCUUUUUGCGCCACAAGUAUUGGCAGCGUGUAUGGAUCGAAUGUGGCCUGUUGGCUAUGCUGAAGAUGGGAAUGUGAUCUUCAUUCAUGUGUAUCCUCGCACCUACAUGAUCCAUCUCAAGUCCAUGCAGAUUGAGGGGAUUUCAGAGGAAGCAACUGGCUGGUCCAUUUUUCCUUAUGCAAGUUUCUACACUCCAGGACCAGGAAUCACCACUGGUGGUGGAGAUGAUCAAGUUGAACUGUUGAACGACACUUGA